ACUUGGUGAAUGUAUUGGGCGUGUCACUAUAUAACCAGAGGAUAUGGUAUAAGAUGCCAUAUGAGAGUCUUGAAGAGCUAAAGAUCAUAUUUAAUGGUGACCAAAAUUUUCAGAGGAUGUGUGAAGCAGCUGUACGGACGAAAAUGGUUGAUGUAUUUCUCGAGGAAGAUGAUGUUAAUGAUGAUGUUUCUCAUGCUAAUGAGACUGUGGGAGAUGCUUUUCAUGCGACAGUUGGUGGUAACAGAGAUGAGAUGUGUGAGGAGGAAGCUCGUAUUGAGGAAAAUAUAGCAGGAUUUGUUGAUGAGGAAGAACAAUGCAAUGAUGAGGAUACACCACCCAACUCGGAUUGUGAUGAAGAGGAUGGAGCAAAUGGUCGGAAACAUUAUGAUAAAUACAUAAAAUUCAGUGGAGAGAUCAGGCUGGAGCAGACGUUUGAUACCAUCACUGAGUUCAAAGAAGCCAUUGUCGAUUAUGUGCUUAAAACAGGACGGAAUGUGAAGUUCACUACAUGGGGAUCCAAAAAAUCCGAAGUAAGGUGUACAAUUGGUGAAGGUUGUCCUUUUAGGAUAUAUUGUUCGUAUGAGAAACCAAUAAAAUUGUUCAUGGUUAAGUUCUGCAAUGAUGAGCAUUCUUGUGACAAGGACGGGUUUAGCAAAGUGGUGAAGGACGGUGUAAUUGCAAAACUGUUCUUGAAUGACUUUAGAAGAAAUCCUGAUUUGAUGCCACAAGCAAUGCAACAAACUCUUGAGGACCGAUAUGACUUGGUUGUGACACAUAACCAGUGUAGAAAAGCAAAGGGGAAAGCUUUAAAGAUGAUUCAAGAUGAAGAUGAUGAGCAAUUUUCAAGGUUCAGAGACUACAAAACAGAGCUUUUGAGAACUAAUCCAGAGUCGACUAUUGAGCUUGGGACAGUGCCUGGAGUUGAAGGAGUUGAUUUAUUCGAUCAUUUCUAUGUCUGUUUUAAAGCACUCCGUGACACAUGGCGUGCCUACUGCCGUCCUAUUAUUGGGAUCGAUGGUUGUUUUUUAAAGAACAAUGUCAAAGGUCAACUCCUGGCAGCUGUUGGAAGAGAUGCAAACAAUCAGCUCUAUCCAGUUGCUUGGGCAGUUGUACAAGUGGAAAACACAGACAAUUGGGUAUGGUUCAUUGCAAAACUCAAAGCUGACCUUGGUAUUGGUGAUGGAGAAGGAUUCACGCUAAUAUCGGAUAGGCAAAAAGGUUUGCUUAUUGCUGUGGAUCAAGAGCUUCCUAAGAUAGAACAUCGUAUGUGUGCUCGCCACAUAUAUGGCAACCUUACAAGAGUGCAUCCGGGCAGGGCAAUAAUGAAGAAGAUCUUUUGGAAAAUUGCAAAGGCAUACACGGUUGCUGAGUAUGAUGAAGGAAUUGAAGAAAUGAGGCAGUAUGACCUUGGUGUUUAUGAAACAUUAAUGGAAAAAAAUCCUCAGGCUUGCAGCCGUGCUUACUUCACGGGUACAGCAUGUUGUGAAGAUGUUCACAACAAUUUCUCGGAGACAUAUAACAACACAAUCAACACAGCAAGAGAGAUGCCUUUAGUGGAGAUGCUUGAGACAAUAAGGCGUCUAGCUAUGGUACGCAUUGAUUUACGGAAGGAGAAAAUGAAGAAACACAAGGGGAAAUACAGUAAGAAAGUGGCAAAAACCAUUGCUGAAGAGUCAAAACACAAAAAGAAUUGUCGAGCAGUUGCUGGAGCUAAUGGGCAGUUUGAUGUGCGUGAGAAUAAUGUUGGCCAUAGUGUUCAUAUGACAAGAAGGACAUGUACAUGUCGGAAGUGGGAUAUGACCGGCAUUCGUCGCCAUGCUCUACGAGUGAUCAUGCAUAUGAAGUGGAAAUCUGAUGAUUAUGUUUCAGAUUGGUACCUGACCUCUAAAUGGCGUGCCACAUAUGAGAACUCUAUCUCUCCUGUUACUGGCAUGCGAUUUUGGAGAAAAACUGAUGAAACUCGGAUACAACCACCAACGAGGCCAGAAUCUAAAGUGAAAGUAUAAGUUUAUCAAAUUGUCUUUGCAGAUAAUAAAAGUCAAUAACCUUGGCUUCCAUACAAAACACAGAAAGGAUAAAAAAAUUUCAUUUAGUAAACUACUAGCCCUAAUUAAUGCUUGUGAAUCUUAAUCAUGUGAGCUCCAACAAUUCCCACCUAAUAGUCUCAUCUUUAUUUUCAUUGUGGACCCAAAUGACAAAGCCCAUAAUGAAUAUGAGUUUGAGCAGGGUCGAACUUACAAAGAACAGUAACUGUAUAGCCUUCCCCCACACGUCUUGACUGCACAAAUAAUCAUUAUUAUCACCAAUCAUCUCACGUAUGCUACUACUGCUGAAAAUACCUAGGAGAAUCUAUAAACAAUCAAACUGGCUGUACAAACUCAUUUAUAUUCAAACGUAUUCAUUGUCUGGUUCCCCGGCCUGUUUUAAACUGGAAACAACAUAACACAUGUGCAAGCACCACAUGCUUUUUGUACAACGAUGGCAAAAGUAUUAGUAAACAGAAUAGCAUAGCACAUAAACACAUGUGCAAGCACCACAUGCUUUUGUACAACGAUGGCAAAAGUAUUAGUAAACAGAAUAGCAUAGCCCACACAUCAAAAUAAUUAGCUCAAUCUAUCUUCUUUAGUCUGAAACUGAUAGACAAUGGUCCAUUCUGUAGCCAUCAGGGACACUCCCCAGAAGUUGAGCCGAUUCUGCAGUCCCCUUGACCCCUUCUUCACACUUACCCAUAGCAAUCAUUCUACACCAAAUCUCCUUUCCACAACCACCAUGUUCUUUCCACAAAAGCGCCACCUUUCCAUAGUAUUCCGCCAUCCCAACGGAUCGAACCUUUUUGACAUCACUCAAACCAUUCACCACUCUCCAUAACCUCAGCUCAGUGUCAUACCACAUCAGCCCGAAUCUAGCGUAAUAAACGUAGAGCACAUUCUCCAUCACACAAACACCCGUUUUCCACCACUUAUCUUCAGGCAAAGCAAAACUGUCGCAAGAACCAUCCCAAGGAUCGUAGCAAACAGUGUAGGCUCCAACGAGCAUCAACGCACACACCUUCCUGUCUAACGACACCGUGACAGACGCGAGCCACGUCUUUUCUUCCUUAGGGACCGGCGCUGGCUCCCAAGUUUCCGUCGUUAGGUCAAAUGACUCGGCGACAUUCUCGUUAGAUCUUACCCCUCCGACCACGUAUAGCUUGCGUCCGACUACUCCCACGCUUUUAUACGUUCGGUUCGCGUUCAUGGUUGGUCCUCGUCGAAGCACGUCGGUUCGAGAAUCAAAGACCCAAAAGCUUGGCGACUGCACGAACGGUCCGCAGAUAAAGAAAAUCUCCGGACCGUGAGCGACGAUCGAGGGCAUGCGGUGGUAAUGGUUAGGAAGCGCGGGGUUGACGGAGACGACGAACUGGUUCUCGCUCGGAUUGUUCUCAGCUCUGCGCAGAGUGUACCAACGCGGGUUCUGGGCGCGAUAGUUUUUGUUCCUGAAGGAGAUGUAGAGGGAAUCUUUGCGGAGGAGAGAGCGAAUCUUGUGAAUCUCCGGGGAACGAACGAGAUAAGUGAAGUUCUUGGAGAGGCAAGCGAGGAGUGGGUAUUUGCAUUUCGGCACGCGCGCUAAGACUUCCCACGCUAUGUCGUUAGGCAGUGAGGAAAAGUGUGACGGCGACAUCGGUUUGUUGAUCUUUCGCGGUGGCUCUCGUCGGCGUCAGAGGCGGCGAAAGAAAGACGUCAACUAUAGUCAGCACUUAGCAAUACUCUUUUAUCUUUCUUUAUUUGCUUCGUUGAUACUCUUUAUAUAUACGACGAAAAUAGAAUAUAGGUUUUCAGUUGGCCGUUAAAUUUUCUAUGAUAUAUUUAUAUAUUUUCUUGUAGUCUUUUUUGGUCAACGAUAUAGUUAGUUAAAAAAAACGAUAUAGUUAGUUAUAUUUUCUUGUAGACUUUUGACAAACUACGAAAAAACUUUAUACUUAAAAUGCACAACAACAGUGGAGGAGCUAGCCAUAAUAUUUUCUAGAGUUAAUAUCAAUUUAUGAUUAAAUUUAUAUAAUUAUUUAAUAUUAAAAUAAGUAUUUAUAGAUACAUCUAUAAAUUAUAAUGUAAAAAAUAUAUAUUUAAAAGCAUUAAUCAGAAAUAAAAGUAUCUUAUUAUCGAAAAAGAGAAACUAAAGCAUAAAAAAUAUUAAAUGAUUAUGAAACAUAUACAUUUAAGAGUGAAAAAUAUAUAAUUGAUUUGAAAAAUCUUAGGCUCAAAUUGAUUUUCAACAAAUAUUAGAGAGGUCAAUGAGCUAAUCUUAAACAUUUUAAUAAAAAAAUUGUAAACAUUCAAGCAAUAU